CUGAGCCCUCCCCCACUGCCUCUCCCGGCCCCCUCGGCCCACCCGCCGCACCUCCCCGUCGUCCGGCCGGUCCCCGUCGUGCCGCAGGGCUCCCCGCCACCGCCACCCCAGUUCUCGCCUCAGCCGGGGGCGCCCGCCCCCGCGCCGGUGUCACUCGAGGCCCCGGACAGCCCCACCAACGGCAGCCAGGAUGACGACCUCCUCGGCCAGGAUUCCAGGCGGCGGACGGGGUCCGGCACGCGGGAGGUGCACAACAAGCUGGAGAAGAACAGGCGAGCACACCUCAAGGAGUGCUUCGACAUGCUCAAGCGCCAGCUGCCCACCUGCCAGGAGGAGAAGAAGUGCUCGAACCUCUCCAUCCUGCACGCAGCCAUCCGCUACAUCCAGUCCCUGCGGCGGAAGGAGCGCGACUACGAGCACGAGAUGGAGCGGCUGGCGCGCGAGAAGAUCUCGGCGCAGCAGCGGCUGGCCUCCCUCAAGAAGGACCUGGCCGCGCAGUGGGACCACCUGGACAUCAACGCGCUCUACCCGGACUGCGUGGACGCGCCCAACGGGGAGAUGAGCUCUCGGGUGCGCCUGCCCUCGCCCACGUCCACGUCGACGGCCUCGGCCGAGCUGGAGGGCGGCAUGAUCAUCGACGAGGAUGACGACGUCGACGACGACGACGACACCAUGUCGUUCCACAGCGGGCGUCAGAGGAGCGCCUCGGACAGCAGCAGUGCCAUGCCUGCCUACAGUAACCCGAGCGGGCCGCCGCCCCAGCCCCUCGCGCCGAGCGCGGCGCCGGUGGUGGCGCCCCCCAACCUCCGGGACGUGCACGGCUACCGCGGGGAGAGCCCGCAGCUGCCCCAGCAGGCUCCGCUGCAGGCCCGCGCGCGGUCGCCCGGCAGCCCGAGACCACGCACCGCGUCGCCCGUGUUCCCCCUGCGGCCGGUGCCGAGGGCGGCUCCCGGGGUGCUGGUGAACGGGCACUACUCGGACACGAGCUUGUACAAGGCGGCCGGCUCGGAGGGCCGCGGUGUCUCCGCGCCGUCCAGCGGCUACGUGCCCGCCAAGCUGGUGCACCACUACAGCAUCAAGGUGGCGUCGCCCGCGUCCGCGCACGCCUCCCCGCACGUGUCGUCCUCCUCCUCCUCCAGCCCGCCCGCGCCCGGCGCGCCCUCCCGCGUGGGCGUGGCGGCAAGGGUGCCGAGCUCGCCGGUGGGCACCCUCACCACCCACCACCCCCCGGCGCCGCCCAGGAGCCGAGCGUCCCCGCCACACCGGACCAGCCCCCCCGCCCCCGUCAGCCCCCCCGCCAGCAGCCCCGGGACCGUGCUGCAGCCGCUGGCGCUCACCUCCCACCACAUCCAGCUGCCCGUGCCCGCGCAGGUCGUGAACAACGGUCGCUGGCUCGGAGUGAGCCCCGCCAUCCUGCAGCUCGCCGCGCCCCCGGCGCAGAGGCUCCUGGACCCGAGCAUCCUGGUGCAGCACCCCGCCACGAGCAACGGCACCACCCCUCUGGUGACGCAUCAGCGGAUCCGGGCUGCGCCGGCAGGGCCACCCCACUCGAUCGGCACGAUCGGCACCUCGGCGGCCGUCUCGACAGCAACGGCCGCCGUCACGAUGCCCGCGGUGCACGCCAUGCACGCCAACAAGGUGCUGGUGGGCGCGACGGGCACCGUCCUGGGCGAGGGCUACCACAAGGCCGGCUCGGCCUCCCCAGACGGCAUCAGACCGACCACGGACGUGGGCGUGCUCACCAAGGGGAUGCAGCUGCCCAACGAAGCGAACGGACAUCUCCUCGCCACGGCGGUGCACCCAGGAUCGGCAUCCCUACCCGGCGGGCACGUGGCCCACGUCGUGUCGGCCCCCUCCCUCUCACCCCUGGUCACCCCGGUCACCGUCAUGUCGCAAGGCAGCCCUGUAACACACAUCCUUGCUGCAAAGAAUAUGGGCAAGAUGGCACCCUUGAUCAAGACCAUGCCAAUUGUAAACCCUCAAUAUCUUGGUGCCGUGGUCAAACCAACCAUGGUGGUUGUGAGUUCAGCCUCAACUCUUCCACCUAACUCAGGUGUCUGAGUGAAUGACUGUAUCUUCUGUACUGGUACAAAAUGGAAACAAAUAUGAUUCCAUUCAGAAAAAAAAAUGUGAUGCGUGUCUUCUUUGUGAGACAAAAGGUCGAGGUGGAUCUUAUAUCUUCAGCAACAUGCUUGCUCCCCGCUGUGAAAAUUCUAGAAAUCAUGAAAUGCAUGGAAUGAUUAGCUUAAGCAUAUGUGAGAUUAAUAGGUAGAGAACCUCAAGACCCAUCAAGUGCAGCAGGCUCUGCACUAAAGAUUGGUUAUUCUGUAGCAGGUCUCAUUCUGGCUGUGAAUAUGCUGUUCAGCUGAAAAAAUUAAGUCAGGCUUCUCUAUGUUCUCCUUUCAUACCUUAAUUAAAGAGUAAACUUAAUUGUUUCCUCCCAUUUGUAAAAAAACUACAAGAUGGCUAGGUCCAGGUAGGAUAUUUAUGUUUUGAUUGUGGCAAGCGAAUGAAAUAAUUCCUCAUGGUUACCAACAACUCCUUUAUGUAUGUCAAUCCCAUUUAAAUUCAAAAUUAUACUCAUUGAUAUUAUUGGAAGAUGCACAUUUGCUAUCCACCUCACUUUUCAUUCAUAAAGCUACUAUCUUGAGGUUUUAGGGGCUUUAUAUGAUUCCUUCUAGUAAAUGAUGUAAUAGUCAAUUAUUCAACCUUAUUCAAAGUACAAUCAUUUAGGUGCUCUUUUUAUACAAGGGAAAUAUUCUAAAUUUGAACUGAAAUGUAUACCGUAGUUCUCUCUUUAAUCACAAUCUAAUGAUGUAAAGUAUUUGUUUCCUUAAGCUUUCCUGAAAUUUUGUAGGGAUCACAUUUUUACCAUUAUAGCACUGAAAAUUUAAUCCUGAGUUUUGAUAUGUCUGGCUGGGAUCCAGAACUACUCUAGUAAGUUGUUAUAUUAUGAUGGUUGUCAUGAAAAGCAUCGACUUAAAACAAUAGUAUUAUUAUUCAUAUAUUUUCACUGUUGUCAGAAAUAACCCAAGGUGAAUAUGUAGCAGCAAGUUACAAAUUUAUAUUUAUUAUUGUUAGGUGUAAUCUGAUAGGUGACAUAGUAUAUCCUGGUGACAGUUUAAAGUCAGAAAUAAUCAUCAAAAUUUCAUUGAAAAAUGUGUUGAUUUGAUCUUGUUUCUCACUGGGUUACCUUAUAAGAGAACACAGUUGAAGAUUCCUUUCAUGCUAACUGACUAUUGUCCAAACAUUUUAAAAAAUCAAAUGAAAGGAGAAAAAUAAUACAUAUCUGGACCCAUCCUAUGAAAAUGUACCGGUUGUAUUACAGCAGACUCUGCAAUGUUGCGGGUUGGCUUACCCUCUUUGGCCACAGGGGCGGAGGGAGUGGGCAAACACGCAACACUGCAGCUUCUGCUCUGUACAGACUAUGAGAGGAUAAUAUUUUCCAAGUUGCCUGAAUGUUCUCUUUUUCUAUUGGUAUCAAGAACUUUGUAAAUUAAUUCAGAGGUCUCUGUUAUAUGAUGUAAAGAGCACCGAUCAAAAUAGCUUCAGCAGACGUCAUGGUUUGUCUUCCAUCAACACUACAGUAGGAAAUAUGACUUCCAUGUGUUGUUUAAAGCUCUUACUGAUUAUUUUGUUGUUUGACAAUCACCAAUUCUUUUUAUCAGGGAGUUCACUUUGAUACAGUUGCUAUUACAUCAACAAGAAAGAAACAACAAUAAACUGUUUUUUAAUAAAGAAAUUAAAGGAACUUGCAGUUAAUAUGCAGUAAAUACCAUAGCUGAGAAUGUAUAAAAAGUAAGCAAUGAGGUGGCCAUAAAUUUGAAAUUCACUGUGGGAGCAGACAAGAAAAAAAAGUACUUUGGUAUAGUUCGAUGCCCAUAGAAUCUCACUGGGCUCCCCAGGAGUAGCAGAAGUUUCUGAUGUGCUGCAGAGACCCAAAUAUUUCAGAACAACAAUGGCUGUGAUAGAUAAUUAUAAAAGACCCUGAAAUAUUGGAGCCAAUUGAAUGCAUAUGCCCUAGCAUGCAGUAAUGAAACCCACUCUUGCAGUGAGCAAACCUUUAGUAAAUAAGGAAACAUAUGCACUUGCUUUACAUAAGAAAAUUGAAAUAUUUUGUAGCCGAUAGAGAGUAUAAAAUUGCUGCUGACAUUGUGAAAAGUGCCUGUCUAUUGCUCUUCCAGAUUCCUUCAAAUAUAUUAACAUCAACUAAAAUUGAAUACAUUAAUUUAUUCAAAAUAAGAAGUGUUCUAGAAAUUUGUAUUAAGAUUCUGCUAGUCUUUUAUAAAACUGUGCAUUUGCAAUGAAUGUGCAAUAAUUUAUAUGGUGAGGGCAGCCGUCUAUUUACUUCAUCGUCUCACUUCUCUGAAUUAAAGAUCCAAUGUGAAGGAAGUAGAUGGAAAAGAGUUGUGAUUGCACAAGAAAGCUGUCAUUAUGAAUCAUAAAACUAAACUAUAUUUUCCUCAAAGCAGACAUACUUGUUUACAGAAAUACAAAGUUAUUUCCAAGUCCACAUAACAUAGCACAAAUUUUUAGCACUUGAAGAUGUCCAAUAUUCCAUGUAAAUAUGGUGUUAAAUAUCUUUUUAUUCUACUCUCUGUUGAAAGUAAAAUGUUGUAAAGUGUUACAUAAAUAUUUGUAAAUAGUGGAAAAAUAUAAAUAAAUCCCUCCAAGGUC